UAGGCCUAAGUCCCGAUGUUGAAGCACAACCCCAGGCCCCCUAACUCGAGCGUACUCCGGUCAGACCCAGGGGAGGGCUCCCGGCUUUCGGUCACGGUGUUCCGCGUGACAGGGCUAGCGCUUCGCUGCCCCGCCCACGCAUGCCCCGAAGGCCAAUCAGAGCCGAGGGACUUUCCCAGGGUCGCCUCUCCCCUAUUCCCGCCCACGCAGCCUCCGCGUGGGGGACUGGGCGCCUCACGACCCGGAAGUGGUUGUUCUCGAGGAGGCGGACCUGAGAAGGUGGGGCCUGUGACGCUUACGUCCCGGGCUCUGGCGCUUCUUUCCUCUACGCUAGCUGCGGCUCCUGAGGGAAAAGUGUUGCUGGGUGUGUGGGGAGUCGCAGCAAUGGCCUCCGUGCUGUCCUACGAGAGCCUGGUCCACGCUGUGGCCGGAGCCGUGGGAAGUGUGACAGCAAUGACAGUAUUUUUCCCCUUGGAUACAGCUCGACUCCGACUUCAAGUUGAUGAGAAAAGAAAGUCCAAAACUACACACAUGGUGCUCCUGGAGAUCAUUAAGGAAGAAGGCCUCCUGGCACCAUAUCGAGGGUGGUUUCCAGUUAUCUCCAGUCUCUGCUGCUCCAAUUUUGUCUAUUUCUACACUUUUAAUAGUCUCAAAGCAGUCUGGGUCAAAGGUCAACGUUCUACUACUGGAAAAGAUCUAGUAGUUGGAUUUGUUGCAGGAGUGGUGAAUGUGUUGCUGACAACUCCGCUCUGGGUGGUAAACACCAGACUGAAACUACAAGGGGCAAAAUUUAGGAAUGAAGACAUUGUACCAACCAACUACAAAGGUAUUAUUGAUGCUUUUCACCAGAUCAUUCGAGAUGAAGGAAUCUUGGCUUUAUGGAAUGGCACAUUUCCUUCCUUGCUGUUGGUCUUCAAUCCUGCCAUCCAGUUCAUGUUCUAUGAAGGUUUAAAACGGCAGCUUCUAAAGAAACGAGUAAAGCUUUCUUCUUUGGAUGUGUUCAUCAUUGGUGCAAUAUCCAAGGCAAUUGCUACUACAGUCACCUAUCCCAUGCAGACGGUACAGUCCAUUCUGAGGUUUGGACGUCACAGACUAAACCCAGAAAACAGAACACUGGGGAGUCUUCGGAAUGUUCUUUAUCUUCUUCACCAACGAGUAAAGCGUUUUGGAAUCAUGGGACUCUACAAGGGCCUUGAAGCCAAACUGCUGCAGACAGUCCUCACCGCUGCUCUUAUGUUCCUGGUUUAUGAGAAACUGACGGCUACUACCUUCACAGUUAUGGGGCUGAAGAGUGCCCACAAGCACUGAGACACCUCACACUGCGAAGUGCCGAAAGAUGCUCCAGAUGGGGGGGUUCCUUCUGUGUGAAGGGAAGUGAUUCUCUUUUUACUCUUGCUGUGUAGACCAUGAAUUUUACCAUCAUUGGCUGGAGAAGCAUUGCAGGGUAAACAUGGGAUAUAGCCAGCUGGACCUGUCCACAACUUAAUUUUUAUGAUGGCUGGUUGAAUUUUGUGGGGGAGGUUAGUCUAAUGGUCAUACCAAAAAAAAAAACAAAAACAAAUUACUGAAAACCUGAAAAUGAAAGUUUGUGGGUGUUUAUUGUUUUUCUUAAGGCGAAUGGACUGUUACUCUCAUGUGUAAUCUUUUCCAGUUAAAAUCUUUCUGAAAUUUACCAGCUGUUCUUUUCCUCUGAACUCUCCCCUCAGAUUCUAGGGACAGAUUUAAUAUCAUAUAAUUCUCCUCAUAUACUUUUGUAUGUUUUAAUCUUGGUAUUUUCCUCACUAAAAAUACUGUGAUUGUGCCGCAGGCAUGACUAUUUUUGUUGAGUUCUCCUCCUGCUUAAGGAAAGGCAUCCUCUUUACUACAUGAGCUAUUUAUUUUGUGGGAGAAAUGAAAAUGACUAAUCCCAAGUGAUUCUCUUAUAUACUAUUUGUGAACAUCACUUAUUCAUUAGUAUUUGACAUAAUUAAAAAUAUUUAUUUUUAAUCACCCCUUGCAUUACAAAAGGCUUGAAGUUUAAAUUAAUGUUCAUCCAUAGAAGCCCCAUCAAGUCAAGCACCAAUAAUAAACUGUCAACACAAAAGACAUUUUAAAAGUUGCCCUUUGUUCAGGUACCAUAUUGGGUUUACAGCCAGCUCGUAAAAAUCAUAGAAAAGGGAGAAGGACCAGGUACCUUGUUUAGGCUCUGGAAUAUUUCUCUCCUGGUGGAGGCUCUCUCUUUCAAAUAAACAUCUGAUUGAGGUUAUUUCUAUUUGGAAACAUUUCUUACUGUCCUACUACUCAAAGUGUAUGCAUCAAGCAGCAGCACUGACAUCACCUGGGAGCUUGCUGGGCACGUGGUCCCAGACCUUUUGAAUCAUUGUCUGCAGUUUAACAAGAUCCCCGGGUGAUUCACACUCACAUUCAAGUUUGAGAGACCUUAGAGCCCCUGACUCAACAGAAGCUGUGAUUGGUUUCAGUGACAAAGAUUUUUCUCAAAGGAAAGUUGGACUAAUGGAUCAAAUAAACAGCCUCUGAGAAAAC